AUGUGGUCGUUGGACUGGGAAAUGGACCAUGAGAGCCUCAUAAGCGCCGGUGGAGCACUGCAGAAACUACGAAUGUAUCCAUAUUUUGAUAUCGCUCACUACUUGCUGAUGUGUGAGCAUGUUCGUUGGGAAUUGGGAGCAAGUGCCAUAGCCUUCUCACGGCGCCAUCCGUUCUCUUGUUGGUUGUCUUCUAUGCUUAUGUGCUUCGCUGGCGGACUUCUAGCUUGUUUCCUACUUGGGGAACCCGUCAUUACGCCGUUUCGGAGGCACGACGAUGUUGUUUUGGCUUCUAUCGUGUGGUAUUCUGUUUUCUACUCACCUUUCGAUUUAGUUCACAAAAUGCUGUGCUUCAGGCCUGUGAAAGUUUUGGUAAGCGUUGUCAAAGAAGUACAACGAGCUCACAAGAUCUCGCAUGGUGUCGCUUAUGCGACGAAAUUAUAUCCAGAAUCUUACAUGGUACAAGUAUUGGUGGGUGUUUCGAAAGGAUGUGGGUCAGGAAUCGUAAAGAUUAUUGAGCAACUCGUGAGAGGUACCUGGAUUCCCUCACAACAUGAAAUGUUACGCCCGACAUUUACAACGAAGGCAUGUGUAGUAGCUUCAUUAGUAUUUACCUUAGAAAGGAAUAGUAUGUAUGUUACGGCUCCUCAGGAUCUCGUUUAUUUGUGUGUUGUUGCGUUUUUCGUCUAUUUCAAACUAUCUGCUUUGCUUCUCGGCGUCGUUGAUCCCUUUGCUCCUGUGGAAAAUCUUUUCUGCGCAAUCUUCAUGGGAGGAAUUUGCGAUGCACUCUACAAGUAUAUAUUGACGUUUAUCUUUUGA